AAGAGGUUUAUGUUACUACAGUUUACUUCCGGGAGUCCAUUACGUACUCCUGAUCAAUGGUCAUUUCACGUGUGCGUCGUUUCUAUGGAUUUUCACAUAUUUUAUUGCUGAUGUCUGCCCUGCACGGUUAACUGUUUUGUAGUCAGAGUGCAUAUAUCGUGAUAACUGACAGUGGCAAUUUGUUACCAGCAGAAUGGGGAUGUGCUUGCCCUGUUUGGGUGGAGCAGCAGAAGAUGUUGUGGAGACCCCAGAUCCGGACAUAAAAAGAAAGCAACUUGCAGAUGCUGCGCUCAAGAGACAAAUGGAGGCUUCCAACCGUGGCAUUAAGAACCCUCAGUCUGUGGAACAGAAGAAACGAAAAAAGGAAGAAAUGGAAAAAUGUGACAUGAACCAAGGCCCUGCAGGAGAAGGAGGACUCAGGUGGCAAGUAGGAUAAAAUAGCUUUAAUUCAGAUAUACGUGGAAGAUGGUUCCAGUGUUACGGUGAAUAUUUGUCAAUUCCCAUAUACUGAAUGGCUGCAUUCUGAUUUAAUGGAUGAUAUUGACUGUGUACAGAGAUGCAGUAUUGUACCGUGUAUGGCAAGAUGGAAGCUGAAAAAGUGGCCGCUACCAAAUGGUGUACAUUUAACAGAGUCAUAGUGCUGUAUAUAAAAUGCCCUAAGCGCAAAGAAUAUUUAGUUUCCUGCUGCUGAGCAUAUUUUAAUUUUUAGCAGAGGACAGUGAAAAUACAGGUGGAAAUCAGGUGAACAUGAGCAAGACUGAGCUGUUUUGGUUCAUGGGAGGGCAGGAGCAAACAAAUGCUACGGCUAAUAUGUGCUUUCUUAUGUUCAGAAAUGACAUUUUAUAGUAUUUUCAUAAUGUUAUCAACACAAUUAUUUUUCAUACAAAUUAAUUGUGAAUGAAAUCAGCAUACAUUCAUCUUCCUUUACAUGAAAUAUAAUUCAUUCAUGGUAUGACAGUGCUGUUUUUGACUAAUACAGAGGCCCCCUACCUAAAUGUUUUGAGAUGAAAUAAUAUAUUAUUUUCCCUAAAAUAAAUUAAUAUAUUUAAUAUUAUAACACUACAGGAUAUGUGUUUGCUAUUACCUAAUUUGUCAAUGAUAUUUAUUUAUGUAAACUUACAAAAGUAUUAUUUUAGAAAGCAUGGUUUUCUGUAUUCUAUUCUAGUGCCUUUAAUUGUUACAGGGAGCUGCUUGAGAUUUGCUUAUUGUGCUGUAGAUCAUGCUUAUUAAAACUUUAAGCAGAA